CGCCCGAGGGCUGCGCGCGGCCCGCGGGCCUCGUCGCCCGCGCGGAUCGCCGCGGCCCGGCCGUCCCGUCCCAGGAAGUGGCCGUCCUGACCGCCAUGGCUCACUCCCCGGUGCAGUCGGGCCUGCCCGGCAUGCAGAACCUGAAAGCAGAUCCAGAAGAGCUUUUUACCAAACUGGAGAAAAUCGGGAAGGGCUCUUUUGGCGAGGUGUUCAAGGGCAUUGACAAUCGGACUCAGAAAGUGGUCGCCAUAAAAAUCAUUGAUCUGGAAGAGGCUGAAGAUGAGAUAGAGGACAUUCAGCAGGAGAUCACAGUGCUGAGUCAGUGUGACAGUCCCUACGUAACCAAAUAUUAUGGAUCCUAUCUGAAGGACACUAAAUUAUGGAUAAUAAUGGAAUAUCUUGGUGGAGGCUCCGCACUGGACUUAUUAGAACCUGGCCCUUUAGAUGAAACCCAGAUUGCUACUAUAUUAAGAGAAAUACUGAAAGGACUUGAUUAUUUGCAUUCGGAGAAGAAAAUUCAUAGAGAUAUUAAAGCUGCCAACGUCCUGCUCUCUGAACACGGAGAGGUGAAGCUGGCGGAUUUUGGCGUGGCGGGCCAGCUGACAGACACCCAGAUAAAGAGAAACACCUUUGUGGGCACCCCUUUCUGGAUGGCGCCUGAAGUCAUCAAGCAGUCGGCCUACGACUCAAAGGCGGACAUCUGGUCCCUGGGCAUAACGGCGAUCGAGCUUGCCAAGGGGGAGCCUCCGCAUUCCGAGCUGCAUCCCAUGAAGGUUUUAUUCCUCAUUCCAAAGAACAACCCCCCGACGCUGGAAGGAAACUACAGCAAACCCCUCAAGGAGUUUGUGGAGGCCUGUUUGAAUAAGGAGCCGAGCUUUAGACCCACCGCUAAGGAGUUACUGAAGCACAAGUUCAUCAUCCGCAAUGCAAAGAAAACAUCCUACUUGACUGAGCUCAUCGACAGGUACAAGAGGUGGAAGGCCGAACAGAGCCAUGAAGACUCCAGCUCCGAUGACUCGGACACGGAAACGGACACAGAUGGCCAAGCAUCCGGAGGCAGCGACGCAGGGGACUGGAUCUUCACGAUCCGGGAGAAAGAUCCAAAGAGUCUGGAGAAUGGAGCUCUUCAGCCGUCGGAUUUAGAAAGAAAUAAGAUGAAAGACAUCCCAAAGAGGCCUUUCUCUCAGUGUUUAUCCACAAUUAUUUCUCCACUGUUUGCAGAGUUGAAGGAGAAGGGCCAGGCGUGUGGAGGCAACCUGCGGUCCAUCGAGGAGCUGCGCGGGGCCAUCUACCUGGCGGAGGAGGCCUGCCCCGGCAUCUCGGACACCAUGGUGGCCCAGCUCGUGCAGCGGCUGCAGAGAUACUCUCUAAGUGGUGGAGGAACUUCAUCCCACUGAAAUUCCUUUGGCAUUUGGGUUUUGUUUUUUUCCUUUUUUUCUUCUUCAUCCUCCUCCUUUUUAAAAGUCAACGAGAGCCUUUGCUGACUUUGCUGAAGAGGUGCACCAUCGCGGGGGGGCCAUCCCCCCCCACAGCGAGGUCGCCUGUCCAGGGCCUGAUGAAGUCUCCAGAUGGGGUGGGGAGGGUCAGCUCCUGCGAGCGAGCAUUUUAUUUUAUUUUAUUAUUCUUGUUUUUAAUUCUAACCAUAGUGCACAUAUCAAGGAAAGUGUCUUUAGAAACAAAAAUAAACCCUGAAAUGUAUAUUUGGGAUUAUGAUAAGGUGACUGAAGAAAUGAAACCUCAGGUAUCCUGCUUUACGUUGAUAACUCCCCCUCCCUGGGAGACGGAGAAUCGCUCUGGUGGAUCAGUGUACAGAUUUGUAUAUAGUGUCAUUUUUAAGGAAACCCUUUUGGCGUGCAUAGGGAUCACUGUGUACACACUGGCCAAGUGCUUCUGUAGAUACUGUCAGUGGGGUAAAUAUUUGACAGACCGUAACUUGAGUCUAUUGCCUUGCCUUUAUUACAUGUAAAUUUUGAAUUAUGUGACCAGUGAUUUGGGUUUGACUUUGUAUUUGCAGGGUUUGCCAUUAAUAAUAAUUAACGCCCCCCUUAUGGAACACUCCUAUAUUUGUACCUCAACAAAUGCAAAUUUUCCUCUUGUUUGCCCUACAACCCUUUUGGUACACUUAGAAGUUGAUUUCCUUUUUCAUCGAUGGUACUAUUUCUUAGUGUUUUAAAUUGGAGCAUACCUUGCCUCAUGAAGCUUUAAAUUAUUAUUUUAAAUUUCUCCCCGAUGAAGCGUUCUCGUCUCACUUUCAUUCGUGCCCUGCCAGUCCUGCGCCAGCUGUACCGUCCUUCCAGUAGGGUUUUCUGUUGCACCUUGUAGUGAAAUCUGCGUAUCAUCUUUCCCACCUAAACAUGUCUGAAUGCUUACACAAAUAAAUUUUAUAACACAGA